GGAUCUUUUUUUUAUCUUUCUGUCUUUCUAUUUUUCGCGUUUGAUGGGCCGCAUGAAAAGCGGAAUUGGACAGAAAUGAAAGAGAGUGAACCUAAUGCCUUUUUUUAUAUAAAAAAAAUAUCGUUCCUGUAGGACAAUCAAGGUGUGAAUGGCACGGCGACCCCGCCUUUCCAGGAUCAGCCUGGGCCGUCGACAAGCGUCACCCAGCAGAUCCCCACGCGUUCCCUCUGGAUCGGAAACAUUGACCCUAACUUCACAAACAACGACCUGAUGCAGGUAUUCAGUCCUUUCGGCCCUGUUGAGUCCUUGAAGGUCAUCCCAGACAAGGAGUGCGCCUUCAUCAACUUUACACGCGUCGAGGAUGCCAUGAGGGCCAAGGAGGACAUUUCAGAACGACGAGGGGGCCGUAUCGGUAACACCACUGUCCGAGUUGGCUAUGGUAAAGCUGAGCUCAUGGUCAACAGUGAUGCCCCCGUCUUGCAUCCUACACGCGCUCUCUGGAUUGGAAAUAUCCCAUCAACCACAACGCCGGCGGCACUGCACGCAAUGUUCAACCAUUUUGGACCCAUCGAGUCUGCUCGAGUCUUGACCCACAAGUCGUGCGGCUUCAUCAACUUUGAAAACAUGGAGGACGCAGUCGUUGCAAAGAAGGUCAUGCAUGGCCAAGAGAUCUUUGGACCCGGCACAGGCGCUGUCAGGAUCGGCUUUGCAAAGGUGCCCGCCAAACAGUCCCCCAGUGACAGUCCCUCGCCAGGCCAUGGAGAUCCUAUGGACGUAAACGGAGACCUCAGAUCGAACACCUCGCUCAACAAGUUGACAAAGCCGGACUUUGAAGGACCCACGGAGUUGGAUCGAAUGCUUUCCUUAGUGAACAUGAGCAACAAGGGACAAGCUGCCCUUGGCACGCCUGACCGAGAAGCUACCGCUGAGGACCCAGUCAUGGAGCGACAGGCCAUGUUGCGCGAGUUCAGUGCUGAUGGAGAGCCAGAGUCGAGCACAGAACCCGUCCCUGCUUGCCUGACAGAGCCUAUCGCUUACUUCACCUCGAUCCCUCCUGUGGCAGAGCCGUCGCCUCAUCGUCGUCUUGAUGCGCCACGACUUCGAGAGAUCCGGAAACGACUCGACAGCGGACACUGCACACAAAAGGAACUGGAUAGCCUUUCGAAUGAAUGCAUGGACGAGUGUGUCGAGCUCUGUAGUGACUAUAUUGGCAAUACGGUGAUGCAAAAGCUGUUUGAACGAUGCUCCGAGUCCCAGAAGACAAAGAUGCUUGAGUUGAUUGCACCACACUUGGCCUCGAUCGGUGUCCACAAGAACGGUACUUGGGCCGCCCAAAAGAUCAUUGACUGUGCUAAGAGCCCUGCGCAGACAGAGCUCAUCUGCAAGCAUGUCCGUCCGUACACUCCACCACUCCUUCUCGAUCAGUUUGGAAACUAUGUUGUUCAGUGCUGCCUGCGUCUGGGACCGUCGAGAAAUAGCUUCAUCUUUGAAUCAAUGGCGGACAAGUUUUGGGAGAUUGCUCAAGGUCGCUUUGGAGCCCGCGCCAUGAGGGCAUCGCUGGAGAGCCAGCAUGCCAGCAAGAACCAGCAGAAACAUGUUGCUGUGGCAGUUGUGCAGAACGCAUUAGCACUUGCCACCAACCCCAAUGGAACAUUGAUGCUCACAUGGCUUUUGGACAACUCACAACUUCCAGGACGGUAUCGCGUUCUUGCUCCUCGUCUUGCGCCUCAUAUGGCUACUCUUGCAACCCACAAGCUGGCGUCGCUGACAAUUCUCAAGGUCAUCAAUCAGAGACAGGAGCCAGACGCGAGCGACAUCAUGAUUAACAGCAUUAUCAACUCGAACCAGGACCAAGUCCUUGUGGAGAUUCUCGGAGACCAGGUGCAUGGCGUCAGUCUUAUUCAGAAGAUCCUGGCUUCACCCAAUGUUGAGCAGCAGCAAAAGCAUUUGUUGGCAGAGAAGGUCAAGUCUGUUCUUUCAAAGUUGAGCGCCCAGAAUAUGCAGGGAUGUAAGCGUCUUUUGGAAGAGGUUAAUUUGAUCCUGGGAGGAGACUCAUCGAUGACGGAACAUGCCAAGCUUACCCCAGGUUCUGCAGGAUAUUCCCCAGCGGAGUUCACAGCCUCGGCCGCCAAUUUCUAUGCCGCCAUGGCCACCAACCAGCACCACCUUCCGACGCUCACGAUGCCGACAGAUACGAACGCGAUGUUGGACUCUUCAUCACUGCUUAGCGCGGACGGACAGGAAGGCGGUCAUGCAGCUGGUUCUGCCGCGCCGCUGAGCUCAGGCACAGCCCAUAUGACGUCUGCGGCCAUGUCCCAUGUUGGAGCAUUCCCGAUGCAGCACAACCCGUAUUACACGAUGCCGCAUGGACAGCUCUACGGACAUUACCCGGGUCAGAUGUCGCCCUACUACGGUCCAGGAGCAACUUUCAUUCCCCAACCGAUGACGACGAUGGGCUAUCCAGGCAUGAUGCCUCAGACAGGAUAUAACCCUUACGUUACGAUGCCUCCUCCCGGCAUUGGCGGCGGAUUGCACGGAGAUGUCGCACAGCUCAGCGGAUCGGCACUGUUUUUGCAGCAGCAGCAGCAGCAGCAACAACAACAGCAACUCUACCAUAUGCAGCAGCAACAGCAACAUCAGCAACAGCAACAGUUCCAACAGCAGCAAUGAGACGCUUUCUCUACAGUGUCGUGAGAUACAUAAUACUACAACCCUCGUAUAUAUAUUUUUAUAUCCUUGCAUUCCAACUGCAUGGGCAUUUUGUUAUUAUCGAUACUUUGUCCUGCACACAUUUCUUCUUUAUCGUUUUAGAACAGUCGCUUUCUUCUC